CAUCCUAUGACAGUUCCACGCUGGAAACCACCGAGAGCGGCCCAUUCUUUCACAAAUGUUUGUAGAAACAGUCUCCAUGCCUAAGUACUAGAUUUGAUACACCUGUGAUUAGUGAUUAGGACACCUUUGGAUUGGUGGCCAAAUACUUUUGGCUAUAUAGUGUACAUACUAAGGAUACAACAUUAAUGCUUUAAAAUAGAAACAAUUUCACAAGUAGGCAUAUUUUUGGACAUGUUUUCCACAAAUGUGACAAAUAAGGCUCUUAAACGAUCCUGGUUAGUUAGUUUUCAUUUACGACCCUUUUGCGACGCAAGUCGUCGAUUUACGACAUUACGUCCAAGAUGACGACGUCUAUUAAAAGUAAAUCUGAUUGAUUUGUGUAUUUUUGAGUAAAUGUGGGCGCUUAGUCGGAUAGUUUUGAAGUGAAAGCCGGAAUUUCAUCACAUUAAAACCACAGCAGUUUUAUGAAAUACGCGGAAGGCUUCUUCCUUCCAUCCAUCCAUUUUAUACCGCUUGUCCCUCUCGGGGUCGCGGGGAGGUGCCGGAGCCUAUCCCAGCUGCACUCAAUCCAAGCAAUUCUGCUGACGUGCAACAGUGGGGAGGUGAUGCCAGUCAGGGAUCGUCGGCCAUAACAUGGAAAGAGAAUAAGAAGACACCAUGAAGGAUCAUCUUGGGAGUAUGCAGUGUGCGUGACCACCGCCGUAAGAAGCUGAGACGUGGAAGCGUGCAGCACAGCCCUUGUGAAUACAGAGCCUGGAGACCCUCUUCUGUCGUUUUGUUUCGUAAAUUCACCAAUACGUCACCUUGGAGUCCGUUUUGCUGAUUGGGCAAGCUGACCUCCGCAGCUCGUGGGUCCAUGACGAUGACUUCUGUUUUGUUUGAUCAGCCGUUUUACUGCCGUGUUCCAGACACCGUUUGGAGACAAGACAGGUCGCGGGGGCAGCAGCCUAAGCAGAGAAGCCCAGACUUCCCUCUCCCCAGCCACCUCGUCCAGGUCCAGAUCCCUGACCUGCUGGGAAAACAUAGUCUCUCCUCCGUGUCCUGGGUCUUCCCCUCAACACCUCCCCAGACAAAGGCGACGGCGGAAAAAAAGCGAGAGCCUCUGCGUCACUUUUACGCUCCAUCUUUACCUUCCACCGUAACUCCUCCUCCUCGCCACCUUCACCCUCCUCCUCCUCCUCCUCCUCCUCUCCCGUGCACCUCGUUACUCUUCCGCUGCGGCGAGUCCGCCACAAACACGCCGAGCUCGGGACGAUGCGUGCCUCCCGCGGGGGUCGCGCUACACGGGCCACGCGGCGUGCAGAGCUGCGCUAGGAGGCGGCGGGCGAGGAGGCGAGGAAGGAGGUGGAGGAGAGGAAGGAGGAGGUGGAGGAGAGGAUGCUUCCUUCUCGGCGGAUGUUUGUCAUCCUGACGGGCUUCUUCUCCGUGGCCACCGUUAGGGCUGACGCUGUGCUGUCGCCUCCUCUCAAUGUGAGCGUCAAGGAGAUCGAGGUCAACUCGGCGGUGGUCACAUGGGACACCCUGGAGGGAGACCCCGUCAUCGGCUUCGCCAUCACCCAACAGAAGAAGGAGGUGCGUACGCGGAGGUUGAUCCAGGAAGUCAACACCACCACUCGCUCGUGUGCUCUGUGGGGUCUGGACCAGGACACCCAGUACAUGGUCCAGGUGCAGAGCCUCAGCAUGGCGGGCAGCAGUCCGCCCAGUGACCCGGUCCUCUUCAGAACCCUCAAAGAGUCCGAGAAGCUGGCGUCCAAGAAUCCAGACGAGGUGACGAUGGAGGAAGUGGGCCAGGCGGCUCAGCUGCGAGCCGGCGAGGCCAUCAUCAUCGCCGUGGUCCUGGUCAUGUGGGCAGGCGUGAUCGCGCUCUUCUGCCGCCAGUAUGACAUCAUCAAGGACAACGAGCCCAACAACAACAAAGACAAAGCCAAGAACUCCUCGGAGUGCAGUACUCCCGAGCACCCGCAGGGGGGGCUCCUCCGCAGCAACCUGUAGGACAGGUGGUCCUUGGCAAAGGCCGAGUACCUGACUGCCCCCUCGCCAGGGAUACGGUGAAGACCUCAACGUCUUGGACUCCAUGCCACUGGACCCUGACCCGAUUCUGUCAAGGAUCAUGUGGUGACUGUCUGUGCACCAGUCUCCCCACGUAAAACAAAGUCACGCACAGGCAUCCUCCAUAAAGGGAUACACCCCUACCAGGAGGAUCGUCAUACUCGUUCGAGUGACCGCCGAUGAUGAUGAUUACGGAUACGACAACAGCAGAAGUCAGACUGAUUUGCAGGUGUGUAAUUUGUUGUGAGUUGAUGCACCGUGUUGGUUUUGUUCUUUGAACGAGGUGAUGUUCAUGCACGCUUUGUUUUGUGCACCAGUAAAAAAAACCAUCUAACUUUGUCUUGAAUUUAAAAAAGAAACUAAACAUUUUAUUUUUCACUAAAGAAGAGUUGGGUGAAUGCUCAUAUGCAGGGCCGGCCCGUGGCAUAGGCCGUAUAGGCAAAUGCUAAGGGCGCCGUCCAUCAGGGGGCGCCACGCAAGUGCCACAAAUGUUGGAGAGAAAAAAAAAAAAAGAGAAAAAAAGUUGGUACUAUUAUUUCUAAAUACAAAAAAUAAUCCCACGUUAAUUAAAAUGCAAAG